AUGAAUGUGAAGAAGGCAAUGGGAAAGCUGACAGAUUGGCAGACGGCAGCCAUGAUGAUGGCAGAGGAUAUCCCAGAGGGCGACAGGGUCCUGGCUCACUGGGUCAACAUCAUGCAGGACUUCAAACAGAACCUCCCUCUGCUCGCCAAGCUGGGGUCCGACGCUCUCAAGAAAGACAAGGUUCUGGCUCACUGGGUCAACAUGAUGCAGGACUUCAAACAGAACCUGCCGCUACUUGCCAAGCUGGGCUCUGAUGCUCUUAAGCACCGUCACUGGAAGCAGCUGUAUGUAGGGAUGGGGAAGGACCCUAAUGAGAUUGGCUGGUCCAUGAGUGUGGGGGACCUGAUAGACAUGGACCUGCCAAAGCACAGUCAACUCAUCAACCAGAUUUACACCGCUGCCACAUCAGAGUUUUCCCUUGAGCAGUCCCUGGGUAAGCUGAGGAGGAUGUGGGAGGAGAAGGAGUUCAAACUGGCCAAGUACAUCCGGGAACUUCCUGUUAGGAGAGAGAAAAAGCGGACUGGUAGUCCAGUGGCCAGACUCCAGGCUGCAAAAUCCAAGAGUCGUACCAGGAUAGUCACAGAAGAGACGUACAUUCUGAUUGGUACAGAUGAGCUGAGGUACCAGCUGGAGGACACAGAGGUGACCCUGCAGGCCAUGCUGGCGUCCCCGCACAUCGCGGACCUGCGCUCCCAAGCAGAGGUGUGGAGGGUCACGCUGCAGCAGGUAGACGACAUCAUCCACCUGUGGACAGAGUGCCAAACCAAGUGGUUGUUUCUAAGUAAGUCCUUUGCUGACAUCAACCUGGUGCUGCAGCUACCAGAUGAAGCAGCCAUGUUUUCUGAAGUAGACAAGAAGUACAAGAGCUUCAUGCAGGAUGUAGUAGAGGACCCUAAGAUGCUGUCAGUCCUGAGUAAGAGGAGAGGACAGAAGGGUUGGAGGGAGUUACAGGGAGAGGCUCUCAGGCAGCUGCUCAAGUGGUGCAUUGAGGAGCAGGAGAAAAUCAUCAAGAAACUGGACAGCAAACUCAUGGCGACUCGAAAUGAGUUCCCCAGGCUCCAUUUCCUCAGCAACUCUGAGAUUGUGGAGCUGCUGUCCCUGUCACGUGACCCCCGGACUAUGACCUCCUUUGUCAAGAAGUGCUUCCAUGGCAUCAGGGCGUUGAACUUUGCCCUCCCUGCAGAUGUCAAUCAUACAACUACAGCACUUGACCUUGACCUUCAUGCUGAGGUUUUGCAAGCCACUGCGAUCAAGGGAGAGUCAGGGGAGGUCGUUGACCUUGUACGCAGGGUAGAGGCCAACACCCAGACGACCCAGUGGCUGCAGGCAGUGGAGCAGACCAUGAGGAACACUGUGGGGACAGCACUGCAGGCAUGUCUGGAGGCCAGGCUGGAGAAAAAUCCCAUGCCUGUACAAACUUGGUUGAGGCUAUUCCCCAGUCAGUGCGCAGUGCUGGCCGAAACCGUGCUCUGGGCGCGUGACGUCGGCGCGGCCCUACGGGCCUCGGACAGACAGAGGCUCAUGGACCUGAAAGGGAGGAUGAGCUCCAAUCUGGAGGAGAGGCUGGGGACACUAAGGGAGCUGUACAGGGAACAGAGCAUCAGGAAGACUCACAUCACUCUGAGUAACCUAGUGAGCCAGGCAGUACACCAGAGAGACGUGAUCAGCAUGCUGUUGGAAGCCAAGGCCCUGACAGACAACUGUUUUGAUUGGCAGAAAGUCAUGAAGUACAGCAUGGACAUCAAACCUGUCACCAAGUUCAAUGUCGCCAAACUGAAAGAAUCCCACAAGGUUGAGGAUACCGGUGACCCUGAAACCACACGCCGCUCAUUAGAUGUGGAACAAGGGUUUGAGUUUGGCCCCUGUGUGGUCAAUCAGCUCAACUGGUCACUGCCGUAUGAUUAUGAGUACCUCGGACCAGUCAACAGGCUGAUUCUUACUCCUUUAACUGACAGGUGCCUCCUGUCCCUGAGUGGAUCGGUCCAAUCCUUUGCCUGUGGAGCAGUGAUGGGCCCUGAGGGGGUGGGGAAGUCUGAGACUGUUGCAGAACUGGCUCGAGCUUUGGGCAGGAACUUCAUCACCUAUAACUGUACACACAUGACUGGGAUCUCAGCCCUGACCCAGCACCUGGUGGGUGGGAUCCAGUCAGGUGCCUGGGUGUGUCUGGACGACGCCAACCACCUGCCGACAGGUGUCAUGUCUGUCCUGUCUCAUCACCUGGACCACCUCAGGAACGCAUACAGGAUCCUUGCAGCCUCUUCCAACAGCCAGUACACCAUCAGGAGUGCCCCUACAAUACGGAGAAGGAGAAGGACUGUAGCAUCGUUAGCAUCAUUUCCACCGGAGGAUGAUCUGCAAACUGUGUAUACAGGGCAACACAGGAGACACUCCAUAUUUGGUACUGACCAGAAAGAGCUAUCUACAGCACUAUCUGCCCUCUCCCUCGACCUCCAAGACUUUGCCAAAUCCCAGCACUUAUCCUCAACGUUCAGUUACGAGCCUCGGACCUUGGGCCUGGUGACAUUCAACGGGAGCCUGAUGAAGGCCAACACCAACUUCUCCCCCUUCCUCACCCUAAACACCAGAGACCAGUCGUUUCAGACGAUACCAGAGACUCUGAGGUCUGCCUACAGACCUGUCACACUUAUUGUACCGGACAGGAAACUGUUGGUUCAGUCCAUUCUGCUGUGCGGGGGGUUCCAGGGCCACAGGCUCCUUGCCGGGAAACUUGAGACGUUUCUGAGGCUGCUGGAGAAACAGCUGUUGUCUGUGGAGACACCUGCUGUCAGCCUGCACAGUGUGAAGGUUGGUAACAAAGGAUAA